AUUUUGGAAUGAUUUGAAUAUAUACUUUCAAUACACUCUGCCAAGUUUGCCAUGAGGUAUUCCGCCCUUUGGCGCUCGGUGGGCGCCAUGAGCUGCGGAUCCCUGGUCACCUACUUGGCCAUCCGGCUGUUCGACAGCCUGGAGCCCUCCAUGCUUUCAGGUGGAGCACGGGGCGGUAAAGAGCGGGCGCUGGAGCCUUUGGCCAGUGGCGCCUGGCUGCACCAUUGGGACUUGGACAAGCCGCAGCUGCAAAAGGUGGCCAAUGGCGAGGAGUCGUACGCCCUGCGACACAUUAUCCUGGUGCGACAUGGCGAGUACUCGAGGACCACGAACGGCAGUCACCUCACGGAACGGGGUCGUCGGCAGGCGGAGCGAACGGGGCAAAGGCUGCGGGAAAUGGACUUGACCUGGGACCACGUGGUGGCCUCCACAAUGCCGCGAGCCGAGGAGACGGCCAUGAUCAUUCUGAAGCAGCUGAACCUCGAUCCGCUGAAGAUGAAGCGGUGCACCUUGCUGCCGGAGGGCACUCCGUAUCCAGGAGAUCCGCCCUCCAAAAGGAGUGCCCGCAGCCUGGAUCUGGCCUACAAGAGGGAUGGUCCACGGAUCGAGGCCGCCUUCAGGCGCUACUUCUUUAGGGCCAGCGCGGAGCAGGAGCACGACUCGUACCUACUCAUCGUGGGCCACUCGAAUGUGAUCCGUUACCUGAUCCUGCGCGCUCUGCAGCUUCCUCCGGCCGCCUGGACGCGCCUCAACCUGAACCACGGCUCCAUCACCUGGCUGACGGUGUGGCCGUCGGGCUAUGUGACCUUGCGCUGCUUGGGUGACUCCGGCUUCAUGCCGGUGACCGAGAUCACCCAUCGAAGGCCUAAAUAGCUCACGAUUAAGGCCAUACUCCCGGAUGCGUCUUGGGCACGGACUCGAGGGACUAGCUCAUUUUGCAGUACGAGUGGGAACGUGACUUCAUGCACAUUUUGUCGCAACUGGGCGAAAACCACUUUAACUUUGCCCAAAAUCACUUGGCCAACAGCACACUGCCAGCUGCAUCUGCAUCCGCAUGCCAGCGUACUCACAUUCACAUCCAUAUUCACAUUCCCAUCCACAUUCACAUCCACAUCCAGUGGCCACAAUGCCAGCGGCUGCCACGCCCAAAGCGGUCAUGCCGCCCACUUUCUGGCCACCCGGUAGUUGGCACAUUUGCGCAACUCUUUCGGGAUUGUCUCUGCUCAUUAGUGCGGCUUUAAUGUUGGUUAUUGCGCCUGUCCCAUGUUGUUCGGUUCGGUUUUGGUUUCUGGUCUCGGUUUUCCGCCUCUGGUUUUGGCCAUCGUCGACGAUGUUGCCUUUGCAUUGCCGCUUGCCGCCGGCGUUUCAUUAAAUUUGCAUCGCUCCACAA